UUUUCUACAUGGGCAGUAUGAAAUUUCAAAUUCGUGAAAACAAUUCAAAUACUUCAUAUAACCUGACAGUAAAAUAUCCUGGCAACAACACUAAUUUAUACCAGUUAAAAGUUUCUUCAACCCAACUACCAGAAAUAAAUAUUUCAGAUUUCAAUAAAACACUUCAACGGCUAAGUCAGUGAUAUUCAUGAACCAGUUGCCUGUAGUGGUCAUAAUACUCCUGACUCUCCAGUUUCACCUGUAGGUCCUUCCUCUUUUACAAUGCAUUAUGAAGACUUUUCCUCUGAAUUGUCCUCUGAAUCAACAACUGUUUUGUCACCUCCUUUCACUGACCCUGCAACAAUAAAUGUUGCUACUAUAAAUGCUACUUCUAAUCCUUUCACUGAGCUUUCUUCUGGAUUUCCUACAAAGUCAACCAAUAUAUUUGUUCCUUCAACCUUGGUUGAAACAAUUAAUUCAAAUUUUACAAACCAUUCUAUCCAACCUAUUAGUACUUUUCCAGAAGUAUAUCCCACUACACCUACAAUAUCAAAUGCUCAGCAUACAACAUCCAUUUCUUCAGAUUUCAUGUCCACGUCUUCUUCCAUGAUCUACACUAAUAAUAUUGGAGGACCACAUAAAAAAAGCACAGAGCAAAUCUCUCAUAAUAAUUCAAGCAUUACGAAUAGUAUUGAUGCCUCCAAUGUCAACAGCAUUGUUUCGGAGCUUGAAGGCUACUUAACUGCAGAAACAAUAGCACCAUCUCUUGGACAGUCAAUGCUGGAAAGAGUUAGCUUCCUUCUAAGCAUGCCUCAAUC